AUGGAUGCCAAGAGGUUCAUCCAAUUGGUCGAGGAGAAAAAGAAGAGAGCUGUGGAAAAGAAAGAGGCCCCUUUGAAAUGGGAACAGAAGCUUGAAGCUGCUGCAGAGGCAAAGUCUGAUGCUGAAGCCAAGGAGCGGAAGCUGAAGGCUGCAAAGCAUAAAAGAAAAUCUGUGUCCCAUUCCGAUAGUGACAGUGAUGGUGACAGCAGUGAUGGGGGAAGAAAAUCAAAUAAUAGAGCCCACAAGAGGCACAGAAAGUAUUCCCACUCUAACUGGGGCAGUGACAAUGAAAAGUGCAAGGAGAAGAAAUCCAAGAAAAAGUCUAGGAGGCAAUCCUAUAGUUCAAAUGAUGACAGCGAUGAUGAGUAUGAGAGAGGAGAGGCUAUGCUAAGUGUCACAAACACCAUAGGCUACUGGGAUCUAGUGGUUCAGAUUUUCAUAGUGAGACAUGAUGGAACAAUUCAAAGGAGAAGUCAUCCAAAGCUCCACAAUCGCCAUCACCAGUUGGAGUGUAGUGCUUCAGAUUCUUCAAGUGAUGAGGAAAAUGGUGUAGUUAGGAGGAAAAUCCAUGUGAAGCACCAUAAACAUCAUAGACGAUCGCAUAGGGUGGGGUCAAAGUCAUCUGAUUCAGAUGGCCACAGACGCCAUCAAAGGAGUGAAUCUAUAGGAAAGUCAUCAGAUGACAAUCAUGAAGAAGCUAAAGACCAACGGACAAGAUUUUUGGCCAUCACCACCACAAGCAUUGACACCAUCACUCAUUAUGAUGAUAGAAACCGUUGGCUCAAAGCAGAACAUGAUUGGAAGGGUACAGAGGAUGCGGAGCAACAUUGGGAACAAAAAUUGCUGCUCACGAUGGUGACAAGUAGGGUGACUUUUUGUGUAUGA